AUGGCGGUUGUAACAGUGGUGUUCAAUUCCUUUGCUUUGGUCGUCCUGCACCGUUGGCGCCGGGAGUUUGACGAUGUGAGUCGCAUCCAAUACCGCAGCCUCGCCAUCGCAAAUCUAGUCAGUGGUGUGUUAGUCGGUACCUUCGAAUGCAUGUACAGCAGCCCAAAUUCUGUUUCUGCUGCUGCCUGCAUUUACGUCCCAUUCGCAUAUAGCUUCAUGGUGUUAAAUUCGACGUACCACGUAGCUCUCAUAAACCUGCAGCGCUAUUUGGCCGUCUGUUACCCAUUCCAUUACAUCCGUCUAGUCACAGUUAAGCGACUCACGUUGCUCUUCAUAUCCAUGGAAGUCCUUUUCUUUGGAAUUUCUUUCGUCUUUUCCCCCGGUCCCGGAUUCCCAUUGACUGACUUCAUGACAAGCUGGUGUAGGCACAGAUCUAUAGAUUAUAUAGAAAUCGAUGGCGCGACCCUGGGCAAGAGUACUUUCAUUACCUUCGCUGUAUUUGGGAUCUUGUUCCUCAUCCCGUUCGUUUCGCUUACCUGUAUGAACAUCCGUCUCUUGGUCAUAGCUACCCGGGCCAGUCGACAGCAAGAGCAUGUUGUAUCUGUAGGCGUACGAAAUGACCAGGAAUCAACCAACGCUAGUUCAAGUACACCGGGACUAAAGGGACUUCGCACUGUCCUAAUCAUCACGGGGCUCUUUUACGUGUCUGUCAUUCCAGUGUGUGUCACCUUUUCUGCAAUGGCCUCGGAGGCAUCACUGAGUCAACAGAGCUACGACAUCCUCAUCUUUAUAUCCAAUGUGGUCCUGAUGUGCAGCUGCUGGUGGAACGUUCCCGUCUACAUGUCAACCAGUUCCUUAGUCAGUCAGAGGGCGCUAGAGCUGCGGAAAAAGUGGAAGUGCUGCAAGAUUGUCCGGCAUAGCAAUCGUAUCGCAUACGGGGAUGACCUGACACUUUAUAAUUAUUCCCAAACGGGUCUUCCUUGA